AUGACAUCAAAAGAUAAUAAUGAAUCAUCAAAGUCAUCACCUCAACAACAAGUCGAACAAAAACACCAUCAGCACAAACCAACACCUUUAAAUAUAACAGAUUCACAUAUUAAUACUGCCCCAUUCCCACUUCUAUCUACCGCCAUAAGUAGAACCACUACUUCUAAUCAAUCAUCUCCACAGCAUGAUGAAGUCUGUGAUAAUUUAAAGCUAAUUGAAGAUUUAAAGUUUUUUUUGGCAACUGCUCCAGCAAAUUGGCAGGAAAAUCAAAUUAUUAGAAGAUACUAUUUAAGCAAUGAUGACGGAUUCAUAUCGUGUGUAUUUUGGAAUAAUUUGUAUUAUAUAACAGGAACUGAUAUCGUUAGAUGUUGUUUAUAUAGGAUGGAAAAAUUCGGCAGAAAAAUUAUUGAUAAAAAAAAGUUUGAAGAAGGUAUAUUUUCAGACCUAAGAAAUUUGAAAACCGGACAAGAUGCAACUUUGGAACAACCAAAAUCAGAUUUCUUGCAGUUUUUACACAAAAACAUGUGUUUAAGAACUCAGAAGAAACAAAAAGUCUUUUUUUGGUUCAGUGUUCAACAUGAUAAAAUAUUUGCCGACGCACUAGAAAGGGAUUUAAAAAGGGAACUUAUCGGUCAAAAAUCUACAACUAUGGCUAUGAAGGAACCAGCACUAUCCUUUAAAUAUAGUGAGGUUUCUAAUUCUACACUUUACGACCAAUUAGCUACACAUAUGGAUUUCAAAAGAAUGAUUACACCAUUAAAUAGUGGUGGUAUCGAGAAUGAUAGUAAUAAUAAUAAUAAUACUGCUUUGAAUCCCGAUACCAAAAAUGACAACAAUAAACCGGUUGACCAAAAUCAUAUACAUUCUACCGUUUCUCAUUUGACAAAUAUCAGCGCCAAUGGGAAUAUAGUGCCGCAGGAGCUGAUGAACCAUAGUAACAUAAGAACACAAAAUUUGAUGGAAAAUAACACUUCUGCUGUUAAAUUAACAUUAGAUACCUCUCUAAGUACCUCAAAUAUUAAAGGUUUGCCUCAACACACUUCUGCAACCUUAUAUCCUUCUCCUAAUCAAUUAUAUAAAACGGCAUUAAAAAAGUUAACAUCUGGACUUAGUAUGGAAAAUAAAUUACUAAAUAUCACUGCAGAGCCGCAGAAACCUCAGUCUAAUGAAGAUUCCACCACAAAAAAAUGUAAAAAAAUGGCAAAUGUCAAUGCAGAUAAUAAAACUACCGGUGAGAAUGAAGAAACCGCAGAUGUCACAAUACAACAGGAUUUGGAACAUGAAGGCAGUGAGGAGGAUAGUCAUAGACAACCCACAUUUAAAAAAAAUUAUUUAAAUGAAGAUGAUUUCCCAUUAGAUUAUUUCCCAAUUGAAAUUGAAUAUCCUAAAAGUGCCAAAGAGCAAGAAACCCCCGCUUUUAAAAAAAUAACCACUUCCUUUUUUUAUGACAAUAUAGACAAUUUACAACCGCAACCAUUGCACUCAGCCUUGUCUUCUAAUAAUGCCAACGGUUAUGGAGUAGCCAUUAUCCCACCAAAUUCUUCUAAAUCGGCACACCAUUCUAUCGUGACUGAAGACGUUUUGAAUGUUGUUGGACUGGAAGAAGAAAAGAAACCCCUGAAACAAUUUACUGUGCAACAUGAUCAGCAAGGCAAUGCCACUUCUAUUGAGCCACAAGUUAUCGAGGCCGAUGCUGACGCUGAUAUCAUAACGAAUAACCCAGUAACUACCACUUUAAUGGAAAAUGCUGAAAAUAACGAAAAUUUUGUGUUAAAUACUAAAGAGCAUGUAAUUAAUAAAUCAAUUAAUUUAGAGGUACCACCACAAGACUAUUCAGUCCAACAGCAUAAUUUUUUGGAUUAUAUUACUGCCACUAAUGCUAAUGCUUAUGAGCAAUAUUUAUUUGCCAAUUAUUACCAGUUGCAUCCAUAUACGUCUGGAUUAUCGCAACCUGCUUUCCCAUAUUGUGGGUUUGCUCCACCAGCUUUGCCAUCUCAAUCCUAUUAUCCACCAGAUCUUUUAUAUGGUGCAGCUGCUGCUGCUGCUGCAUUUGCUCCUAAUAAUAAUAGUAAUAAUAACAAUAAUAAUGGUGGUGGUGGUGGUAGUGUCUCUGCCUGCAAUAAUAACAAUAAUGGAUUUCAACAACAACUUUUCCAAAAUACUUUAGUGCCAAAAGAUAAUGGAUCUGGAGUAAAAAUGACAAGGGAAAAUAUCAACAAUGCCAGUGUUAAUAAAUAUGAUAAUGACAAUGAUAGUGAUGAACACUUAGUUCCACAAAGUAUCAACGUUCCAAUGAAUGUUAAUAAUAUGAAUAACAAUAAUGGGGGUAUGCUAACUGGUAUAUAUCCACAGUUUACACCCUUGUAUAAUAGAUUUUUUCCAUAUCCAAUGAUGAGUACCUCUCCGAUCACUGCUAUUCCACCAAACAUUACAGUUAACAAUGUACCACCACAAUUUAAUUCUGGCGUUCAAAUCAAUCCUAGUCAACAAAUAUUAUUACAACAACAGCAACAAAAACAGAAAUCGCAUGCUACUGGUAAUACCACUGGAAAAGUUUACAAAAAGAACAAUACUCAUAAAUAA